GCCAGUUUUCGACGUUUGACUCCUCCUUUUUCCCACUUUCGUUUGUGAGUUUUGUUGAGUUUCCUCUCCACUUUCUUCCCCCACACCCUCCACGCACGAAGCUAAAAUCUUGCAAUCGACACCUGCGAUCUGCUCUCUUCAUCAUUUGUCCAAAAACCACCAACCCAAGUGCCCUUUCUCUUUCCCCUUCUCUCUCUGGCUAGUGGUUUAGGUUUGCUCCUCUUUGUCUCUUUUUCCUACGUUUUCUUGAAAGAAUUUGCCCUCUUCUGCUUGGUAGGUUGUGCCGUUGAGGGUGUGUGCGAUGGGCCCUCAACUCCACUAGGGGAGGGAUUUUAAUGGUGAAAGGAGGUCUCUUUCCCUCACUUUCUCUGCUUUUCCUUUGCCACCCCCAUUUUUCUUGCUGUCUCCCAAUUCCGGUUUCUGGGUUUUCUUUCUUUCUCCUCUUUUCUCCUCUCUUCGUGAAGAUAAGGUUUGGGGCUUCGGUUCGGUCGCUUCCUCUUUAAGCCAUUGUGGAGCAUUUCCCGUCUGGGGUUGUGGUCUUGGAGGUGGGUUUGGUCUCUGUCUCUUGAAUCGGCUAGUGGGGACCAGGGAUUGGUGUGUUCUGCGUCUGCAGGGAGCAUAGGUUCCGUGAGAGCUUUUGGUUGGUUUCUUGGUCUUUAGUUUACUAGGUUGAUGUUGGAGAAAAAUUAGGAGCUUUUUGGGUGCUCUAGAAGGUCAACGACGUCGAUCUUAAAGGUCUUGAUCUUCUUUUAUUUUACUUGGAGUCAAAUGUGGAAAUGGGGAAACGGUGAAAGCUCAGUUUCUUGGUUAGCUGUUUUCAACGCAAUUGCCUCCACGUUCUUUGUUUGAAUGAAAACUGAGGAGAAGAGUCUGAGAUUGGAGGAAGACUGUGAGGGUUUCUGGUGUGGGGGGUUUUAAAUCAUGAGAAGAGAUAUGGACAGGGUGAUCCAACCUCCCUUGGUUGAUUCGACAGCAUGUCUAUGUAGAGUUGAUGCAGGCCUCAAAACUGUUGCUGGGGCCAAAAAGUAUGUGCCUGGAACAAAGCUCUGUCUCCAGCCUGACAUCAAACCAUCCAUUCAUCCAACAAGGAACAAGCCUGCACGAGGAGAUAGAAACCGGAAUCAAUCCCCUCUACUUCCAGGCCUACCCGAUGACCUGGCCAUCGCAUGCCUCAUUAGGGUACCACGAGUGGAACACUGUAAGCUCCGCCUAGUCUGCAAAAAAUGGUACAAGCUUCUUUCAGGCAACUUCUUUUACUCCUUGCGUAAGAGCCUUGGAAUUGCGGAAGAAUGGGUAUACGUAAUCAAGAGAGACCGAGAUGGGAAGAUCUCAUGGCAUGCUUUUGAUCCCAUAUAUCAGCUCUGGCAGCCUCUCCCUCCAGUGCCGAAGGAAUACUCAGAAGCUCUAGGUUUCGGAUGUGCAGUCCUAAGUGGGUGCCACCUUUACUUGUUUGGUGGCAAAGACCCACUAAAAGGCUCGAUGAGACGAGUGGUUUUUUAUAGUGCAAGGACAAAUAAAUGGCACCGUGCCCCUGAUAUGCUUCGGAGACGGCAUUUCUUUGGUUCAUGUGUCAUAAACAACUGCUUGUAUGUAGCUGGCGGUGAGAACGAGGGUGUUCACCGUACAAUGAGAUCAGCGGAGGUAUAUGAUCCCAACAGAAACCGUUGGUCCUUCAUUUCAGAGAUGAGCACAGCCAUGGUGCCCUUCAUUGGGGUUGUUUAUGAGGGAAAGUGGUAUCUGAAGGGGCUCGGGUCACACCGGCAAGUUCUUAGUGAGGUCUACCAGCCGGAGACAGAUAGCUGGUUCCCGGUGUACGAUGGAAUGGUCGCUGGCUGGAGAAACCCCAGUGUCUCAUUUAAUGGGCACCUCUAUGCUUUGGAUUGCAAGGAUGGAUGCAAAUUGAGGGUUUAUGAUGAAGUGACUGAUUCUUGGAGUAAGCACAUUGACAGUAAGAUGCAUUUGGGAAAUUCGCAGGCGCUAGAGGCAGCUGCGCUCGUUCCCCUCAAUGGGAAACUGUGCGUUAUCAGAAACAACAUGAGCAUUUCCGUCGUCGAUGUUUCAAAAUCUGAUGGCGGCAGGGGUGCAACUGCUGAACAUUUGUGGGAAACUAUAGCAGGAAAAAGCCAAUUAAGGACCAUGGUCACUAAUCUCUGGUCUAACAUCGCAGGGAGGAACCGCCUGAAAAGCCACAUUGUUCACUGCCAGGUUCUUCAAGCGUAGACACUGUACACUAAACUCUGUUCCAUGGUUAUGUAUUUUCUGAAAUUUCUUGCCUCGGCGAUAUAGAACUGCAUCCAGAUGAGGCCAAAAGCUUUUCAAAAUCGGAUUUGACAAUGUUAAAUGGAUGCACAAUCCAAACUUGAAGCUCGAAUGUCCCAUUCUAGAGUAGCUAUGUAUGCAUGGAAGUUUUACCUUUCGGGGCUUGGAAAAGAAAUUUCAGAAGAUACAUGACUGGCUUCGGGUAGAGGACGGGGAAUCAAGUGACGAAACCUUGUCUGUAGUAGCUUGUUCGACUUUCGGGUUUUGCUUUUUAGACCUUGUUUAUGUUCUCUAUUCAACGCUGGUUAUUAAUAUAUGCUGUGAACUGGUUUGACCUGAUCGUCAAAAGCAGUCCGGAGCCGCCCUUGUAUAUGGUUCCUGAAGUGCAUUCUGGAGAAUCUCUACCCUCUCUUGUCAGUGAAAUAGGUGACAACGCCUUAAAAGUCUUGGAACAAAUUGCACCUGCUUGCUUUCUUAUGGCCUCUGAGGCUUGUGGACCGCUUCGUGCUCAUCUGUCUUUACACAUUUGUGAUAUACAGGAAACCGGUUGUUAGGUUA